AAAUUAUCAAUGAUAAUGUGAAUAACUCAACAAUCACAGAACAAGGUAACAUAGAGAAUUCAACAAGUAGUGAAGAUCCUGAUCCUAACAAUUCAAUUGUGAGGCAAGAAUCCAUUGAUGAAGGCUCUAAUGAGUCAAUUUCAUCAUCACCAAGGUCUGUAUUACCAGAUAAGACCCUAGCAGAAGAACUUUCAUCACCAACUUUUAAUCAACAAAUGGAUAUAGGUUCUCAACAAUCUAAUAACAUGGAGGAUAUGACACAAGAAACUUUGAAUGAAGAUGAACUUCCACAUGACACCAUGCCUCAAAAUAGUCAGCCGUUGGUGGAUUAUAUAACUGAUGAAUCACAUAAUGUUGACCAGGAGGAUACAGAUCACAUGGAGAAUUCCAUUGAAGAAACAAAUAUCCUUAGAAACAUGAACAAUGAAAAAAUCUGCAGGAUGGAACAACAAGACAAGUUAAAUAACGGUGGUGAGAGUAGUGAAGACAAUUCUUCACACCAAAUUAGUCAAGAGGACACUUUAGAAUCCACCAAACAAAUCAAUGAGAUGGAAACUAAGGAGGAUGUGGAUGAGGGAUCAAAAGAUUUAGCUGGUGACAAAGUGUCAUCAAGAGAGCUAGUUGAAGAAGAUAAAAAUGAAACAUUAGCAAGUGAUGAUAAGAUCAAUGAGGAGUUGCAGCUACCACAAGUCGAUGAGCCAACGGUUCACAACAAAGAAACAGUUGAAGACCAUACAGAGGAUUAAUGAAGAACUAAAAUGUGCACCAUGCAAGUGCUAAAGCUUGAUAUUCAUUGGACUUGUUCUUCCUUGGAAUUUAUUGACAAAAUAGAGUGAAGUUAACAUUAUUUAAUUCUCCUCAAUGUUGUAAAUGACUUAUAAGUUAUUCAAGAAGUUGAACUUGCCAAAGAGAAGAAAGACUACAAGUAAAGUUGCACAUACUAUUUAAUCUC